AUGAUUGAAGCAGAAUUGAGUGAGAUAGUCAAAAGUGCUGAAGUCAUGCAGAAAUGCCACCUGCCGAUUUGUGCCAUGAUGGGAUUUCAAACUGCACACACCUUACAAACCCUCAAGUGCUUUAGCCUAAAACCUCAACUACCUCUGCACCCCACACGUUAUGAGUGGCAGGCUGCAGCAAUGAUGGAUUCGCAGCUACCUGCUGAAGCUCCAAUGCGUCAAACAUGCUUGGAGUGUGAAUUUUUGCUCUAUGGGCUGCUGCCCAUUGGCCUCCCCAUUAAGCUGGCAACCAGCCACAGCUUUCUGCUUGCGGAUGCCCUGCAGGAUGAGCAGCUGAUUUUCGAAAAUGACUAUGGCACUGCUCUACAGGAGGGCAUGAGCUCCCUCGGGUGCAUUAGUGACCUGGCACUGCACUUGCAGAUGCAGAUAAAGAAUGCAUAUGCUGGGCUAAUGUAUGCCCCACCAAAAGCUGUCUGA